AUGGAGCAGGCGGCCUACAGCUGGUUCAAUCGGCUUUGUGCCAUCCGUUAUAUGGAACUGGCUGAUUACUUGGGGCAUGGCCGGCGGGUGCUCAGCUAUCCAGAUCAGGAUAGUGGCUUUCAGAUCCUCGAAGAUUGCUUGGACAUUGAUCUGCCCGGGUUGGACCAGUCAAAGGUCCGUGCACUCAAACUGGAUGGCACCAAGGAUGAAGAGCUGUAUCGCGAGCUCUUGUUAGGCCAGUGCCACGCCUUACAUGAGGCAAUGCCUUUCCUCUUUGAGCCUGUUGAUGACGCCACCGAGCUGUUGCUACCCGAAAAUCUGACCAAAACCGACUCGCUGAUCAAAGAACUGGUCAGCGCCAUCCCAGAACAAGACUGGUCCAACAUCGAGAUCAUCGGCUGGCUCUACCAGUUUUACAUCUCGGAGAAGAAGGAUCAGGUCAUUGGCAAGGUGGUAAAAAGCGAAGACAUUCCGGCGGCGACCCAGCUGUUCACGCCCAACUGGAUCGUGAAGUACAUGGUCCAGAACUCGCUGGGGGCGCAGUGGUUGGCGACCUAUCCCCAGUCUCCGCUCAAAGGGCAGAUGGAGUACUACAUCGAGCCCGCCGAGCAGACCGACGAGGUCAACGCGCAGCUCGCGGCCAUCACGCCCAGCCAGCUCAACCCCGAGGAGCUGACCCUCAUCGAUCCGGCCUGUGGCUCCGGGCACAUCCUGGUGGAGGCGUAUGAGCUCAUCAAGGCCAUCUACCUGGAGCGCGGCUACCAGAAACACGACGUCCCGCAGCUGAUCCUCGAGAAGAACCUCUACGGCCUCGACAUCGACGAGCGCGCGGCGCAGCUGACGGGCUUUGCGCUGAUGAUGAAGGGGCGGGCGGACGACCGGCGGCUUUUCGAGCGGGGGGUGAAGCUCAACGUGAUGGCGCUGGUCGAUAGCGGCGACCUCGAUGUCGAACGGAUCAUCGAGGCGCUCCCGUCGAUCGGACGGGUGGAGUUGGCGCCGAGUGACGACCUCUUCCCCGAUACCAUCGCUCAGCAGAGCCUAUCCGCCCCUGCUCAGCCCGGAGAUGACGCAAUCGGCGAGGCGCUCAGGAGCCUGAUUGAGCUCUUUGAGCACGCGACGACGUUUGGGUCGUUGAUUCAGGUACCGGAGGGGUUGGCGGAGAAGCUGCCGGCGCUGAAGCAGCUGAGUGAGGCGACCAGCCAGGACCUCUUUGUGUCGGAGGCUCUCAAGCGCUUGGGGCCCCUGGUGCAGCAGGCCGAGCUGCUGGCGGCAAAGUACGAUGCGGUGGUGGCGAAUCCCCCGUACAUCGGGAGCAAAUUCCACGUCCCAUUUCUGAGGAAGUUCCUGCAAGACCACUACGCGGGUUAUGAGAAGGAUGUGUUCUCGGCGUUCAUCGAUCGCGACAUAGCGUUUACUAAACCGCAUGGCCGACUGGGUCUUAUGUCGCCGUUCGUUUGGAUGUUCAUUUCCAGCUUCGAACACCUGCGCGAGCGUCUUAUCACCCAUGAAACGAUCACGUCACUUGUCCAGCUUGAAUACUCUGGGUUCGAGGGCGCGACCGUUCCGAUCUGUACUUUCACUUUGCAGAAGGGACACAUGGAGGGGCAGAAAGGCUCAUUCAUUAGACUGUCCGACUUCCGUGGUCCAAGCAACCAAGGCCCUAAGACACGUGAGGCGAUUGAGAAUCGGGAUUGCGGAUGGUUCUUUGAAGCUACCCAGGACGAAUUCAAGAAGAUACCAGGAAGCCCGAUCGUCUAUUGGACAAGUCAGCGCACAGUGGAUCUCUUCGAUAAUUCGCCGUUGGGGGACCACUUCGAAAUAAGAGAGGGCCUGGGUACACGCGACGACGACAUUUUCCUUCGGCGCUUCUGGGAGGUCGACCUCUCGAAGAUUAGGCGAGAACGCGGAGAUGAGAAAUGGAUCAAGACCGAUAAGGCUGGGUCAUUCCGAAAGUGGUACGGGAACGCCGAGUUCGUGAUGAAUUGGGAGAACGAUGGCUAUGCGAUCAAGAACCAUCGGAAUCCGGACGGCAGCCUCAAGUCCCGCCCACAAAAUACUCAAUUCUUCUUUCGGGAAGCACUGUCGUGGAACAAGGUUGGUAGCGGAAUUACAUCCUUUAGAUGGCGAGACGAUACUUUCGGCUUCAACGACGCUGCGCCCUCAGUUUUCGGCCCUGAGCUUGAGACAGCUCACGCGAUGCUCUGUAGCAAGCUAUUCCAGCAUCUGUUGGGAUUGCAAGGAGGCACACUGAAUGUAACGACGGGGAUAAUCAAAUCGCUGCCAGCAUUGCUUAGAAGGUCGCAUGCGACAUUUGCCAGAGAAGCAGUCGACUUUGCCGUCCAGGACUGGGACGCCUACGAGCGCUCGUGGGACUUUCAAACCCUCCCCCUCCUGACGGCGUCCUCCGACCCCACCCCCACCCUCGAAUCCAGCUACACCGCCUGGAUCACGCAGAACCGCGACACCAUUGCCGAGAUGAAGCGCCUCGAAGAGGAGAACAACCGCCUCUUCAUCGACGCGUACGGCCUGCAGGACGAGCUCACUCCCGACGUCCCCAUCGAGCAAAUCACCCUCACGGUGAACCCCGCCUACCGCUACGGCGGCAAGCUCACCGAAGAGGAGCAGUGGACCCGCUUCCGUCAGGACACCAUGGAGGAGCUGGUCUCCUACGCCAUCGGCUGCAUGAUGGGCCGCUACAGCCUGGACGCGCCGGGCCUCAUCUACGCCCACAGCGGCAACGAGGGCUUCGACCCAAGCCGCUACCCCACCUUCCCGGCCGACGACGACGGCAUCGUCCCCCUUACGGAUACGGAUUGGUUUGAAGAUGAUGCGGCGCAUCGAGUGGAAGAGUUCAUAUCCGUAGCUUGGGAUGAGGUCCAUCUGGAGGAUAAUCUUCAGUUCCUGGCUGAUAACUUGUCCCCCAAAAGGGGUGAAAGCAGCCGCGAUACCAUCCGCCGUUACUUGUGUGACAAGUUCUACAAAGACCAUAUGCAAACCUACAAGAAGCGCCCCAUUUACUGGCUAUUCAGCAGUGGCAAGCAGAAAGCCUUCCAAUGCCUGGUGUACCUACACCGCUACAACGAAGGUACUUUGGCGCGCAUGCGCACCGAAUACGUUAUCCCACUGACAGCUAAACUUGCGAGCCAUGUAGAGAAGUUAGAAAAGGAUAAAGAUGCCAGCGGCACAACCGCUGAAAUCAAGCGCCUGGAAAAGCAAAUCGACAAACUACACAAGCAGCAAGCUGAACUGAGCGCCUUUGACGAAAAGCUUCGCCACUUUGCCGACCAGCGUAUCAGCCUGGAUCUCGACGAUGGGGUGAAGGUGAACUAUGGCAAGUUCGGUGAUCUCUUGAGCGAUGUGAAGGAAGAGGUUGCUACAUUGGCAUUGCCAGAUGUGCAGGUUCUUAACAUGCAGGAUGAAUCGGUAUUCGCCACCAAAAUGAAAUUAGAGUUGGAAGAUAGACAGGGCAAGUACCUACUGUACUUUCCUAGUGCAGAGCCAGAGGAUGCAAAGGACUGGCUCCUGGACAUGAAACUCUACUCGCAUUGCUUCUACGCAGAUCGCACUUCCAUCAUUUUUAAUGAACUCGGUUUGCAGCAACAGGCGGUUCGGGAGCAUUUGGCAAAGCGCGAGCGCUUCCUGGCCAGUAAAUCGCGCAUCACAGCACUCAAGAAGUGGUUGCAAGGCGAUGCCAGUGAAGACGAUAUCGAUCUGGCGAUGAUUACGGCUGUCGUCAAGGCGGACAGUUGCGAUGUGGCGCAUAUCUUGUUUUCGUUGGCGGAGCAGGUAGUAGCGCAAGACGCCGGACUGGAGACCAACCCUGAAUCCUUCGAUGAGCUUUUGAAGUACGGUUUGAUGCCGGCGUUGGUCGCUAGCUUGCAGCGGGAGAUAGGGUAUCCCGCAUCGUCAGAGGAACUCGAAGGUGAAGCACCGCUGAAUUUUGGUAACUUUUUGAUUCGUCUGCUCGCGACUGGGUUUUGUGAGAGCACCUCAAUUGUGCCGGAUUGGGCGGCAGGCCUGGUUAUUCCUUCGAAUAGCGGUCAAGCAACUGUGCGAGCGCUGCUGUCGCGCUGGCGGGAUAGCUCCCGUUACUACAAAGCCUUUGAUACGGUGUCUAGUUGGGUAUCUCAGGCACUGAAAAUAGAUGAGCGACUGUCUGACUUGGGUAUCGAUACGCUCUCACAGGUGGUCACGUUUGAGGGGGUUGAACGCAAAAUUAUCGCCGAUAUAGCCGGCGCUAUACCUCGGGCGGAUGCUAGAGACUUGACGAGUUUUGGGGCGGUGAUAGCAAGUCGCCUGGAUGGCUAUUGGGCAUCCAGGCACAAAGAGGACGAUACACGCCGCAAAUACCGAACCGUCUAUACCGCGUUCUCCGCGGCAAUCGAUUUAUAUCAACUUCGUUAUGCUCACGAGGCAGGGUUUCAUUAUACGAGUACCGAAGCGCUCUAUAAGGCCUACGAAACUGACCUCUACCAGUUUGAUACGGCCUAUCGGCACUAUUUUGAGGCCUCCUAUCGCGCUCAUGUGGAUGUGCUGAAGGCGCUCGAUGCGGAAGUUGAGCAGUGCUAUGCAAACUGGUACCUCGAUAACUUAGCCAAGAAUUGGAGCGACAGAAUAGAAAGUGAGAGCCGCUUGGCUGACUGGCAUAUACCAGAGGUUGCCAAUCAGCAGCACUUUUACCAACGCCAUGUAGCGCCGCUCAUGGGGCUCGCCACGCCAAAGCGGGUGGUGGUGAUUGUCAGCGAUGCGUUUCGCUAUGAGGCGGCGGUUGAGUUGGUUGGGCGGAUCAAUGAAAAGCGCUAUAGCGAAGCGCAUUUGAGUAGCCAGCUGGGUGUGGUGCCGAGUUAUACCACGCUAGGUAUGGCUUCUCUGCUGCCGCAUUCAAGCCUGGAGUAUCGGCAGAAUGUUAGUGAUGACGUCUUUGUAGAUGGCCAAUCCAGUAAGGGCACCGUUAACCGCAACAAGAUCCUCUCCGCCCACGGCGGCAUCGCCGUUACCGCGGAAGAGGUUAAAAACUGGUCUAGGGAGCACGGGCGCGAGGCACUGAAGGACCAAUAUUUGGUGUAUGUCUACCACAAUGUGGUGGAUGCUCGGGGCGACGUUGCCGCUACGGAGUCGGAAACUUUUUUGGCCGUGGAGCAUGCUAUAGAGGAGCUGACAGAGCUGACACGUAAGGUGAUGAUGCAUUUCAAUACCUCCACUGUGAUCGUCACGGCUGAUCAUGGCUUCAUGUUCCAGCAAAGUAAGCUGGGCCGCGCCGACAGGACCUCGCUCGCAGAGAAGCCGACAAAUGCGCUAAAGAACAAAAAACGUUAUGUGAUUGGCCACGAACUGGGAUCUCCAAACGAUGCCUGGACGGGGUCCACCAGUGCGACAGCCGGUACCAGCUCCGAUACCGAGUUUUGGAUUCCCAAAGGGGCUAAUCGCUUUCAUUUUGUUGGCGGUGCUCGUUUUGUGCACGGUGGCGUUAUGCCGCAGGAAAUUGUGGUGCCUGUUGUUACGGUGCGCCAGUUGCGCGGAGAGAAAGCGGAGAGCCGAACCAAGCAUAAGGUCGGUGUGAUAUCUCCCAAAUCUUCUCUGCGCAUGGUGAAUAACAUCCAGCGUUUUGAUUUGAUGCAGACUGACGCGGUAGGCGACCAAAUGCUGCCGGUUACCGUUUCCGUUGGACUCUACGACGCAGAGCAAUUGAUCUCUAGCGAGGAGACCCUCACUUUUGAGAGUUCUAGCGACAAUAUGACCGAGCGUGUAAAACAGGUGUCUUUGUCCUUGUCAGGCUCGAAAUUUGGGCGUAAUCAGGACUAUUUCCUGAUCAUAAAGGACAAAGACCUUAAUACUGAGAUGGAACGCUAUAAGGUCACUAUAGAUUUGGCGUUUACCGAUGACUUCUUGUAA